GCUAAUUUAACGGUUGGUUCUGCGUUUCUUUAAUCAAGUUUUUGUGUUUGUUUCUCUCUCCUUUACUUUUUAACUCUAUGAUUUGAGAGUUUGCGAGUUCAGUUCUUUUGCACUAGCAGAAAUUAAAUUUACUGAGAAAAAAAGAGAUCCUCCAAAGACAUGGAAUUUUAAGUUCUCUUUUUUUAAUUCUGAAGGAUAGAGAAAUCUACUGAGGUUUAAAUUUGAUGGAGAUGCAUUCAAAUAUUCCAAAAGUGCUAUGAUGAUUUUGUCUCUCUGUCUGUGUUUAUGUUUAAUUUCCCCCAACUUUGAAGUACCUGAAUUAUAGUGUGUAAUUAAAGCUGAUUAAUUUAUUGUUGGAAAUAUAUGCAGAAAGGGAAUGAGUAGCUAAAUUUAAUAAGAAAAAGUUCAUAGCUUGGUAGAAAUGGUGCAGAAUCUGUCAUUAAAUGCUCUAACAGUAUCUAGAAAUUGUGGGAUUUGUGUAUCCUUACCAUCAUGGAGGGGAAGGCAUUUCAAGUUAGUAAGGAGAACUCAUAAUGCCUUUGGGAUUGAUAGGCAUCAGCUUGUUCAAAGUUUAUACUUUAUGGGUAAUCCUAACUUAUCAAGACACAGAAAUUUAAGGGUUGAGGCUGGAUGGCUGUUUAAUAGAGGUGGUAACCAGGAGUCGGAAGCAAGCUGCGAGCGCAGUGAAAGCGCUAAUGAGGAUAUCUUGAUAUUUUUUUUCCAGCUAGACUUAGCUACCCGAGUUCAGUAUGCCCUGAAUACGGAGCAGUAUGACAUUGCUCAACAAUUAAGGAACAAGCUUACUGAGGUUGAAGCAGAGGUUAUUCGACAACAGGAAGCAAAAAGGGGAUCUUCCUCAAAGAGUGAAGCUCAAGAUAAAGCAUUAAGCAUCAUACGACUACGUGCGGACCUGCAGAAUGCAAUUGAGAAUGAGAAUUAUGCUAUGGCAGCUCAACUACGGGAUCAAAUUUCCAAACUGGAGGCAGAAUCUUUAGCUGCAUCAGUAAAUGCUUUGGCAUAUGAAAAUGCACAGUAUGCAUUUCGUUUAGGACAAAAAGUGACUCACAAGACUUUUGGCUAUCAAGCUGUGGUUUGUGGAAUGGAUCCAGUUUGCUGCGAGUCAAGUUCAUGGAUGGAAACUGCCCAGGUUGAAAAGUUGUCUCGGGGUUCUAAUCAGCCAUUUUAUCAGGUUUUGGUUGAUGUACAUGCAGAUCCCAAUCUAUUGGUGGCUUAUGUUGCUGAGGAAAAUUUGGUGGCUCCAGAGCAACCAGAUUUGGGCAGGUUCGAUCAUCCUUAUGUAUCCUUUUUAUUCUAUGGGACGGAUACAGCAGGAGACUUUAUCCCAAUUAAGCAGCUGCGUGAAAAGUACAAUAGGCCUCGGCAUGAAGUGCCAUUUGAUCCACCAGAUGAGGACAGUGGAGGAGAUGCUUAACUAAGCUUUUUAAGCAUUUGGAAGCCUUAAACAAGUUUCUUGGAAAUUUGACUCAUAGUUGUCCGGGCAAUGUGACAGAAUACCUUGUAUAUGAUGUUAAUCAGUAAAGAAUUCUCUUUUUUGUCCUCUGCCCUCUUUUCUAUUUUUAAAUUUUGGUUCUUGUUUAAGAAAUUGAGUAACAACUUGGAGAAAUCAAUUCAAGGAUUCUUUCUGUUUCUUGUCCA